AUGUUCGCACGCGCUCUUGCAGGUGGUCUCGUUAAGUUCUACAACGACUCCCUUUCCAAGGAUGGAAUCCCCGGCCUCUUUCCAGACCCCUACUUCUGGUACGAAGGCGGAAUCAUCUUCAACGCAUUGAUCGACUACUCUUAUUUGACUGGCGAUAAGCAAUAUGACUCUAUUGUAUCUGAAGGCAUUCAGGGACAGCUUGGCGACCACCCCGGCCUUGCCUUCUUCCCCGCUAAUCAGACCGCGCAAAUUACCAACGAUGACCAAAGCUUGUGGGCUCUUGCAGCAAUGGCCGCCGCGGAAUCAGAUUUUCCAAAGCCGGAAAAACAAUCCUGGGUGGAAUAUGCUGCCCAAGUGUUCGAUGCUCAGGUGCUACGCUGGGAUGAUAAGAGCUGUAACGGCGGUCUUCGCUGGACUAUCUUUACUUUCCAGGCAGGAUACGAUUACAAAAGUGGAGCUGCCAACGCUGACUUUUUCCUCCUGGCUGCUCGUUUGGCCAAAUUUACCGGCAACGAAACGUACUCCGAAUGGGCUGACAAGUCUUUCACUUGGGCAAAGGACAUCGGUAUUAUCAACGACGAAUAUGCUGUGUUUGACGGUGGUGAUGCCACCGAAGAUUGUCGCGAUAUAAACGGAUUACGGUGGACAAACCUGCAUGCCGCCUAUACGGAGGGCUCUGCUAUCAUGCAGAACAUCACCAACGGCAAGCAGAAAUGGACUGACGCACUCCAAGGCCUCGUGAACUCAUCUGCCAUCUUCUUCCAACAACACGACGUCCUCACCGAAGUAGCAUGCGAAACGAACGGGAAGUGCGAUGUCAGUAUGCGCGCUUACAAGGGUAUGGCCAUAAGCUCUUAUGCUCGCGCAGUCGUUGCCGCUCCUAUCAUUGCAGAACCUCUCACCGAAAAGCUCGAAAUCUCCGCUCAAGCUGCUGCCGGCACGUGUGGCGGAGAUUUCUACGACGUUCAGUGCUCGCUAGAUUGGGCAAAUUCCACCGAAGGCAUGUGGGAGGCUGCUGAUGCUAGUGACGGGAAUCUGAAUGAAGUGUACGAUGCGCUGCAGGCGGUGCAGGGUUUGUUAUUCUCUCAGACCGCGCCUCCAAACGUGACAAGUUCUGGGAACGGAGAUAAUGCGACGCAGAAGGUUGGUGCAUCAGGUACAUCGGGGGCUGGAGCGCCCAAAGAGACGGGCGCAGCGGGGACCAUUGCUGCGAGUGUUACGAUGGUUCUGGCUAUGGCUUUUGCUGCGGCGCUGAGCUGCUAG